AUGGGCGCUAUUGCAACAGGAAGGGUUGACACAACCCAACGCGUCCAAGCUCUUCGUGAGCUCAUGGCCAGACACGGCGUUGAAGCUUACGUCAUCCCAUCUGGUGAUGAACACGCUUCCGAGUAUCCUGCUGAAUCUGACCUUCGUAGAGGUUAUAUUACCGGUUUCACCGGUUCCGCUGGUUCCGCUGUCGUUACCACCAACAAAGCUCUCCUCUUUACCGACGGAAGGUACUUCCUUCAAGCUGGCCAACAACUCGAACCUUCUGUUUGGACUCUGAUGAAGCAAGGAGAACCCAAUGUGCCUACUUGGCAAGAGUAUCUGUCUAAGAAUUUACCUGCUAAGUCGAAGAUCGGCAUGGACGCUUCGCUCAUCUCUGCCAACGAUGCUAAGGAUAUUACUGCAGAGCUGAAAAAGAUCGGUUCUAGUCUCGUGCCCAUCAAGGAGAACCUUGUGGAUCAGGUUUGGGCUGACCAACGACCCUCGAGACCCGCUCAGCCUAUUUUCGUGCUCAAGGAUGAAAUUGCCGGUCGUUCCUCCUCGGACAAGAUCCGAGAGUUGCGCGAUGAGAUCAACAAGAAAAACGCCCAGGGCUUUGUGGCUAAUAUGUUGGACGAAGUCGCUUGGUUGUUCAACCUGCGUGGAACGGAUGUUCCUUACAAUCCCGUCUUUUUCUCGUUUGCCUUGGUACUGUUGGACAAGGUGCUGUUGUACGUCAAUGAGCAUCAGCUGACGGAGGAUGUUAAAGCAGCUUUGGGGGCUGACGUUACGCUGAGACCUUACUCGGAGUUCUACAAUGACCUGCACAAGAUCGGUGGGGAGUUGGGUGAAGGAGGUAAGAUUUUGAUUGGUAAGAGUGCUUCUUUGGCGGUGCAGGAAGCUUUGGGUGGGGCGGGUAAGGUGGAGAUUGUAAGGUCGAUUGUAGGUGAUCAGAAAUCCAUCAAGAAUGAGGUUGAAUUGCAAGGGUUCAGACAGAGUCAUAUCAGGGAUGGUGUUGCGUUGUGCCAGUACUUUGCUUGGUUGGAGGAGCAAUUGCAUGCCGGGAAGAAGGUUACGGAGUCAGAAGGUGCUGAUAAGCUCAGUUCUUACCGUCAAUCGCUCGAACACUUCAGGGGGGAGAGUUUCACUACCAUCUCUUCGACUGGUCCUAAUGGUGCUAUCAUUCACUAUAGUCCCGAUCCCGCCAGUUGCCCUGCUAUCGAUGUUGACGAGAUCUAUCUCUGUGACUCGGGAGCCCAAUUCACGGAUGGAACCACCGACGUCACCCGAACGUGGCAUUUCGGAACACCUGCACCCGAACACAUCCGUGCUUUUACACGGGUUCUUCAAGGUCACAUCGCUAUCGAUCGUGCCGUUUUCCCCAAAGGUACCACAGGGUACUUGCUCGAUGUUCUAGCUCGUCGUGCGUUGUGGGAGGACGGUCUCGACUACCGUCACGGAACCGGUCACGGUGUUGGUCAUUUCCUCAACGUUCACGAAGGUCCCCAGGGAAUUGGAACCAGGGCUGUAUUCAACGAGACUAGUCUCAAGGAGAACAUGGUCGUUUCGAACGAACCUGGUUACUACCAGGAUGGGAAAUGGGGUAUUCGAAUCGAGAACUUGGUCAUCCUUCGUCCUGCAAAGACGCCUAACAACUUUGGCAACAAGGGCUAUUUGACUUUCGAACAUUUGACCAUGUGCCCGAUCCAGGUGUCGCUGGUAGAUGCGAGUCUGUUGACAAAGGAGGAUAAGGAAUGGUUGAACAGCUAUCAUGAUGAGGUGCUGCAGAAGGUUGGGCCCUUGAUCGAAAAGGUAGGGGAUGAACGUGCGUUGAAGUGGCUCAAGAGUCAGUGUAGCGCUCGUGUCUAA